AUGCUGCGUAACCAUAAAAUAGUUGUUGAACUGAUUUUUUUGUGUUUCAAGGAAAAACCAAAUGAUGCUGAUGCUUUUCGUUUGCUUGGAGAAGUUAAGUAUGAACUUAAAGAUUAUGAUGGGAGUGUUGCUGCAUACAGAAGUUCAGCAAAGGUAUCCGAAGAUAUCAAUUUUGAAGUUCUGCGGGACCUUACCAAUUCAUUACUUGCUGCUAAGAAGCCAGAAGAGGCUGUUCAAUUACUUUUGGAUUGUCGUGACCGUCUGAGCUCAGAAGACUUGAGCAAUAAAGCUGAUAGCAGCCCAACAGACUCACAGAAGCUGGAUCCAAUUCAAGUUGAAUUACUUCUUGGGAAAGCCUAUUCAGACUGGGGCCAUGUUGGGGAUGCUAUAGCUGUUUACGAUCAGCUCAUAUCUACUCAUCCCGAUGACUUCCGUGGAUACUUAGCUAAGGGAAUCAUCCUAAAAGAAAACAAAAACAUUGGAGAUGCAGAGAGGAUGUUUAUACAAUAA